AUGAGGCCCCCGAGAGGCGCAGGACGCGGUGGUGGUUUUAGAGGUGGCCGCGACGGUGGCGGUUUCAGAGGUGGUCGCGACGGUGGAGGCCGCGGCAGAGGUGGUUUUGGUCGUGGCGGUGGAGGACGCGGCGGCGGAUUUCGCGAUGAAGGGCCACCCUCCGAAGUCGUAGAGGUGUCGCAGUUUCUGCAUGCGUGUGAGGGAGAUGCUGUAACGAAGCUUACGAAUGAGAAAGUUCCCUUUUUCAAUGCUCCCAUAUAUCUGAAAAACAUGACUCAGAUUGGGAAAGUUGAUGAAAUAUUUGGCCCCAUCAAUGAAGCUUACUUCUCAAUUAAAAUGAUGGAAGGGAUUGUUGCUACCUCUUAUGCAGCCGAAGACAAGUUUUAUAUUGACCCAAGGAAACUGUUGCCUCUUGCAAGAUUUCUUCCACAACCCAAGGGACAAUCACAAGGUGGUAGAGGCGGAGGUGGAGGAGGUCGUGGUGGCCGUGGAGGUGGUGGCCGUGGAGGUGGUGGUUUUCGUGGAAGGGGUGGCCCAAGGGGUGGUAGAGGUGGUCCUCCUCGGGGUGGUGGCCGCGGUGGUGGUUUCAGGGGAAGGGGGAGAUCAUAGGGGAAUUUAAUGUAAUGUUUUUCAUAUUUAUGCAGUUAUUUUCUUUGGAGAUAACAUAGAUGUUGAAUACUAUUUCUUGUGGAUUGAGUGAUUCCGAUGCAUGUUGGUUGAUUAUAUUAUCAUUAUGGCAAGGUGGAUUGAGUUG